AUGGAAAAAAAUUCUCAGGAAAAUGUAGAAGAUCUAAUAGAUGGAAAUAUUUUUAAUAAAAAAAAAGAUACAAAUGUAGAAAAUUUAUCACAUGAAAGUAAUAAAGAUACUCCAGGUUGUAGUAGUACUUCAAGAAGUGUUAUUUAUGAUACAUAUAUCGAUUAUGAACGAUCAAAUAUGAGUCCAAAUAAAAUGCUAAUUGAAAAAUGCCUUACAAGUCAAAUAUGUGAUGAUAAAACUUUCAAUCAAAAAGAAAAUGAUAUAAAUAAGGAAUUUUUCUUGGACAAUUUUUCUUUUGAUUUAUUUACAAAUAAUUAUGAUAUAAAUAAUGCAAAUGAUGGUGAAAUUAUGAGAUCUCCAGGAGAUUUACAAGAUAUACAAAAUGAAUUAUCUGAUGACUUGAAAGAUAUUAAUCUUAAUUUCCUAGAACCUAUUGAGGGAUUAAAAGAUUCCCUAGAUUCACUUAUUAAUCGUUAUGUAUUAGACAAUUCCAAUGACAUACAACCAGAAAUGAGCAAUUCAAUGGAGGAAAUAGAAAGUAACGAAGCAUUUGAAGCAAAUUGCAGUAAUGAAGAGGAUAUUAAUAAAAAAGAUGAAAAUACUUCAACUUGUUUAAUUAAUAAAUCAGCAACAGACAUAUAUAAAUAUUCUGAUCUUAAACAAUUUGUCCACAUAUUUUCCCAUGAUUCUUUUAAAAAUGAAUUUAGUUAUAUUUCAAAUGAAGUAAUUCCACGUUCUGAGAAUAUAUUGAGUUCUAUAAAAAUAGAUUAUAAUGACAUUACUAAAGAAUUUAAUAAAAAAAUACAAUCACUUAAGUUACUUAUAAAUGAGGAAAUAGAAAAAAUAGAUUUUAAUAUUUUGCUGCAAAUGGAAAAAAAACAUAAUAAUUUUCCUGACAUAAUAGAUAAAAAAUUACUAGAUAGUUAUGAUAAAUAUUUAUUAUUUAAAGGCAAUACAUAUUAUUCAAUUAAUAAAAAAGUAGAACUAGUUAAUAUUAUAAAGAGUUCUUCAGAAUUUUAUCAAAAACUAUUAGAACAACUUAUAAUUUCAGAAAAAACUAUUUUUAGUUUAAAAAAAACUAUAGAUAAUAUGAAUUCUAUUGAUAUUUUUUCUUGUGAUUCAGUGUUUUUAGAAGAAAGAAACUCAAAUUCUAUUAUGGAAGUUUUUAAAAAUACGAAUAAUUUAAUAACCUCUAUUGAAUCAUCAAUUAAAAAUGGAUUUAUAUAUAAAAAAAAAACAAUGAUAGAUAAUAUUCAAAGUUCUUUAUCUAAAAUUAACGUUAAAUUGAAUAGAUCUUUAUAUGCACAUUCAUAUACGUUCUUAAGAUAUCUUAAUAUGAUGAAUUUUUCAAAAAAAGACAAUGAUAUAUUAAUAGAACAUAUUUUUUACUUCCUUAAUGGAGAAAAUAAAAUGUACGUAAAAUUUAUAGAAAACAUUAUGGAUAAACAUAAUAAUAAAAGUUCUGUAAAAAUGACGCAUGAUUUGUUACUAAUACAAAUAAAACACUUUUCAGAAAUGCGUGAUCACACUUUUUCACUUUUUAAUUUAAAUACUACUGAUUUAAAAAGAAUUACAGUGGAUUCCGAAACAUUAAGAGAAUUGAGACAUAUUUUAAUAAAAACAGAAAAACUAUUUGGAAUAGCAAUUCUUAAAAGAGAAGUAGGAAAUAUUAUAUCUGUAUUAAAUUCUCUGAAAAAAAUGAAUUUUUCUAGACAGAAAAGUAUCUCACGGAAAACAAAUAAAAUAUUAAGUGCAAAAAUGAAAUUAACUUUAUUAACGCAAUUGAACAAUCUUAAAAAUAUUCUUAAAAAAGUCAAAUUAAAUAUAAAAUCUAUUUAUUCUUUAAAUAAUGUAAAAUUACAAAUAUUAGAUAUACACUCUAAAGUAUUACGGAAACUAAAUCAGUUAACCAAAAUUGUAAGUGGCAUUAAGAUGAUUGAACAUUCACUUGAUGAAACAAAUUUUAAUUUAAAGUUUUUUAAUGGAAACAAGAGUCAUAAAUCAUAUAUUAUAUUGUCUUCAUUAUAUUAUAUGAAAAAAGCUAUAGACAUAUGUAAUAAAUAA